AGACUUAUUCUGUUUCACUUCAGUAAGGGACUCAGAUCUCUCUGGGCAGUUUUAGGAAAAGAGACCUAGAAGAAGACAGAGGAAGAAUAUUUUCGCUGCUACACAAAAUAUAAGAGUUCAUAAGAAUUUCACUGUCCCUAAACAUGCUGUAUGUGAGAAGAGGGUUUGGGGAUGAGAAAUCCCAGCUAAAUGAAUUAAAUUGCAGGUUGAACCAGUACCUCUUCAGAGUGAGGCAGCUGGAAGAGGAGAAUCAAGUGCUGGUAGAAGAGAUUCACAGGCUUCGCCUGGAGCGAGGAGCAGAAUGGGCACAGGGGUACCACACUGAGGUCAGCAAGCUGAGGAUGAAGGUGGAAGAACUCACUGUACAGACAUCUGAAGCAGAGAUACAGAAAGAGAACCUCUGGCUGGAGUUGCAGAACUUGCAGGAAUUGUGGGAGCAAGUGAGGGCUAUGAGGCUCAAAAUUGACCAACAGCUGACACUUUACAAGCAAGAUCUGGAGCAAGCAAAGAGCAGCCAAGUAGCUCUAGAGGAACUGUAUUUUCGCCUACAACAAGAACGUGAGAUGCUCCUGGGUUCCCAACAAGAGGAACUGUUAGCACUGAGAGAUCAGGCCCUUCAGAUUCCAUUGCAAAUUACCAUGCAGGCGGUGGCACAUCCCCGGCUGAGUUUGACAGAUGUGCAGAGCUUCUCACUGGAGCUUUCAGAGUCCUGGAAGGAUGCUUUCCUCAUCUAUCAAAAGAAAAUUGAGGAACUUGAGGACAGCCUAAGGCUGAGUGAGGAGGACAGACAUGGGGCAGAGGAGACGGUCAGGAUACAGAGGCUGCAGGUGGAGGAACUGCGCAGAGAGUAUGAGGAGCUGCUGGGGAUCCAGAAGAUGCUGGAAGGAGAACUGCUUAGGAUGAAGGAGAAGUACAGAUUGGAGGUGGAGGAAUAUCAGAUCAUAAUAGAGGAGCUGGAGAGUGAGAGACAGACCAUUUCAGUAACCAUCACAGAGCGUCUGCAGGAUUACCAUGACCUCAUGCAAGUGAAGAGUGGACUCAGCCUGGAAGUAGCUGCAUAUCGGGCACUUCUGGAGGCAGAAAGCAAAAAGGGCACAGUGAUCUGGACGGAACAAUCAGUGAGAGACAGGCCAGCAGGAUAUGUGACAUCAACUUUUGAUGAGUCAACAAGAUUCUCUCACAAAGGAGGAAAAAGAAUUGAAUACCCAAUUACCAGAAGCAGAGAUGAAAUAAGAAGGAAAACACAGAGCACAAACAUGGACAGAUUCAUUACUCGGACUGUACCAGCAACACAGAUCAGAUCACAAUAUACAAACUUAGGUAAUACAAGUACUUCUUAUGUAUCACGUGUUCAUGAUAACCCAACGCAGGAGAAAAGUGGUAGAUGGGACACAAGCAUGUCCUCCAGAUAUGGCCUAUCACACAAUACCAAACUCCCACAGACCACAUAUUACGCAGCAAAACCCACAAUUGUAACACCAUAUUCCUCUGUUCAGUCCAAAGUCAUUAGUGAGACAACUAAAGCAGAGCAAAUUAAAGAAUUGAAGCCAGUAGCUCGCCCAAGAACUCAAUCCAGAGAAUCCAGAAAAGUUCAGGUGAACAUUGGCACAGAAGAUAACAGACAUGAAUUAAGCUCUCAAAUUGCUUUUGAAACUAAAGUAAUCGAAGAGAGGAAGGCAACUUCGAAGACUGUAGAAGAGGAAAAGAAAGUUUCAAAAACCAAUGAAAAUUAUACCCCAAAAGGUAUAAUAAUUAAUAAAGAUACAGCAAGUGUAACAGAAACAGUACAGAAAGAGACAAUUCAGGAACCUAAAGCACAAGAUUUACCUGUCAAAAAAGAGAGGAAGAAAAGAGAACAAGCCAAAAAAAGAAAAGAAGAAGAGGUAGAGAAAGUUGAAAUAGGUGAUAUGAAUGUGGAAACAGGAUCAAAGGCCGAGGUCCAUGAGACUACCCAAGUGAAGAAAACAGUUGUACUUGAAGAAAAGCCACAGGCUGAACAAAUUAUCUUUGAAUUACCAAUACAGGUUGAAACAAGAAGAAAUGAAAGCAAUUCACAAAAAAGCAAUAAGGAAAACAAGACAGCAAGAAAUGUUAGCCAUACAUAUGUCAAUGAAGAAUUUGCUUUUCGCAGAAGUGAUGAUGAGCUCAAAACAGUUAAAAAUGUUGACAGCAGUAAAACUGGGGAUGCGGUGAUAUUUUCAUCAGAACCCAGAGAAGAAAAAACAAUGGUCGAUGAUAUUCUUAGACAUUUAAGCCACUCUUCUGUGGCAUCUGUAGAAACAAAAGAACAGGGCAGUGGAUCUAGAACAUUUGUACUUGGAGAAAAAAUGCAGGGUGAACCAGUUGUCCUGGAGAUACCAAUAAAACUUGAAGUGAUCAAAACUCAACUUAGCUCAAAGAAAGGUAAUGUUGAACAGCCAGAGCAAAGUACAUUUGUAAGGAAUGAUAAAGAAAGAAAUGUGAAUGAAGAAUCUACUUUUCAAAGAACUGAAGAGAUGCACGAAACUAAUAAAGAUGUGGAAAACAAAGGAAGCAGUUACACUGAGGAAUCUGGGAGGGUAGACAUUUCAGCUAAGAACUUUGAGCAAAAAGCUAUGGUUGCUGAUAUCCUUAGACAGUUAGGACUGUCUUCUGGUCUGGAUGAUACUAAUGUAACCUAUGUGAAAAAGAAGGAGCAGUGUAAUGAUGGAUCUGUGAAAACUGAGAUUUUUGUGCAGUCCAGAACAGAAGAAGAGAUAGAUUUGUUUGAUGAACCUGACUUAACAGAUUUGUGGAAUACGACAACCACCCAAUCACCCCAAAAGAGUGGUGGGACAGGAAAAGCUGAACACUUGGAUGAGGAACAUCAUAGCAAAAAGAUAAAGAAAACAAUUUUGGAAGAUGUGACAGGAGCAGAAGCUGAAGAAUGGAUAGGAAAUAUUGUCCACACUGGACUAAAAGAUUCACCAGGAAAGUCUGUCAACGUUGAGAUUGUAGAGGAAACUUUUGAGACAUUUGGAUAUGAUAAAGGAGAAUUUUCAACUCCAUUUCACGUAGAAGAAGCAGAAGAUAGCUAUAAUGUAGAGGGAUCUGUCAAUAUAGAAGAACAUGUUUCAUUGAAAACAGACAAACUACAUGAUAAAAUUCAAUCUUCUGAUGGUCCUACUCAAGUUGAAGAAGUAACAGAGGGUGAAAAUGUUGAUGAGGAGACAAGUUACUUUGUUUCUAUUCCUGAAGACAACCCAUACAUAGAGGAAGAGGAAGAAGACACAUUAAAAGGACAGAUUCAUACAGAGGAAGAGUCCCAUGUUAAGUAUUCCUGGCAAGAUGAGUUCUUACAGGGGUCCCAAGGUCGUAAGGCUCUGAGUGAGUUUCUUAAAAAUGCUGCAGCCACUGAACCAAACUCAACCAGUCAUGUGACCUCAGAGAACAGCAGUGAUAGGUUGGAAAAUGAAGAACAAAAAAAAGGUUCACGCACUGAAACUGUUGUGAUUGAGAAAAAAAUUCAAGUUCCACAUGAAAUUCAGUCAUCAAUAAUGGAAUUCCUCUCAAAAGAUGUCAAAGAUCCCCAUGAAAAAUUGAAAGGGGCACUGGAGUGCCUGCAAGGAAGCCUUCCACAAGACCUAGCUGAAGAAUUAGCAAUGCUGGCUGGAGAAGAACAAACAGAAAGCAACAGUUUGGCACUGGAUAUUAAAAAGGUUGGUCAAACUGAGGAAAGUGGUGUGGUCACUAUUGUAGCAGAAAUCAAUAUAUCACAAACCAUGGACAUAGAUAAUUUAGAUGAUUUAGACAAAAUUGAAGGCUUCAGAAAUCAGGAGACAGCUAUACACAAAACACACUUAAAAUCUUCUGAAGAUUUAACAUCGUUCCAGCCAAAAGAAUCUGUUGGGAGCAAAGAGUCUGUUUCUGUUACAGUGGGGACAAAUAAUGAGCAUGAGUUUUACACUACUGAAGAAAUCAGUCAGAAAGGGCCAACUACUACAAGUGUUCAUUUCAGUCCUACAAGAGAACUAUCUUUAGGGCAACUCCCCACGAAUGUAACCAGCUUCAUAAAACAUGUUGAACUUGGUGGCCAUGAACAAAUCUUACAAGAUGAUUCAAGGCUUGACAAGGCUUCAUCUGAUGAACUUUCUCCAACAGAAGUGAACAGAUCUGAGCAUCAUAUCAAGCUUGGGCCAAGGGAAAUGCACUCCAGGAAACACAUCAUCUUUGAGGGUCCCAUCUCUGAGACACUUAAAUUGGACAUAGUUAAAAAUACAGAUGACACAUCAGAUCAGAAUAUAUCUAUUAGGCAUAUAAAAAUAAGUCCAACAGAAAAGUACCCAACAGAACAAAUUGUGUUUCAGGGUCCUAUUUUUAAAACUGGGGUCAUCGGGGCCAAUAUUACAGGAGACGUAUCAGUCAAAGAAAACUUCACAGAUGGUGUGAACCAAGCUAUCCAAAACUUGUCUUUUGAGAGAAUACAAGCUAGCGAUCAGGAAAACAGCGAGUUUAGUACAGGUGUAAGUAAAACCAUUUCACAUUUUAAACAUAACUCUGGGGAAACUCUGAACAAGGAAAUUAUAUUGGAGGGAUCCAUUCCUAGGGCUCAUGAUCUUGGUAGACAUAUCACAUUGGAGGAUGACAGUAAGCCUAUUGAAUAUAACUUUUCUGCUCAGAAAAUCCAUGUUGGGAAACAAAUUAAAUACCAGGGAUUUGUCUCUGAACCUCAUAAAGUGGCAGAUACUGGUAAUCUUGUUGAGUCGAAAGAUCAGUCCAAUGUCAACACAUCUAUCCACCAUAUAAAAUUAAGCCCAAGCAGAGAGCAAAUAGUUUUUGAAGGACUUGUCUCUUCAAAUCUGCCCAUCCGUGGAGAAGAUAGCUCUCUUUUGGAAGACUCAAACCGAUCUAUAAGAUAUAUACAGCUUGGUUCCCCAGAAACAUAUACAUCGGAGCAAGAAACAUUUGAAGGACCAACCUCAGAAUCUUAUGAAUCAUCAGAUUUUUUUGUUUCUUCUCCAUCUGGAGACUCCAGUGAGAGUGAGAGGUCAAUCAAGCAUAUUAAACUGGGCCCAACAGAAAAGUCAUUCACUUUUCAAAUGGAUAUCACCAAAAUUGCCAAAAAUUAUUCUGGAGAAAAGAGUUCUCAGGAGAGUGGACCGGUAGUAACAUCCAGAAAGUUUGAAGGACUGCCAGAAUUCAGUCAGUCAUACAGUGAAUUAACAGAUGACCCAGAGGUGACAGAAAGCGGAUAUGGUGAGGAAGAAAUUGCCGGCGUCUCUCAGCUCCCAUACAAUAUCAUGCCCCAUGGCCAGAGCAUUACAGAUAUAUCAGAGCUUGAUAAAACCGUGCAGCUGCAAAGAAUAGUUCAUCAGAGUAAUGUGGUCUCUGAUGACAAGAAAGUGGCUGUUGUUUAUCUUGAUGAAGAAGAGGAACCUGACCAAGAUUAUUUACGACGAUCAUUUUGAAAUUAACACAUUAAUUGAGAAAAAUUACAGUGUGUGUGUGUAUUUAUAUAUAUAUAUAUAUAUAUAUAUAUAUAAACAUCCAUCAAUAUUUUAGGUCCCUUUCUACGAAUGGAACUAUCUUAAUGUAUUGACAAUUAUGCGCUUGGCCCUUCAGCUAUUGUUCCUAAUGCAUGAGUGGUGGCAUGAUCCCUGCAAGGACUAUGCAGUCAUAUUAGCAGCCAGUCAGUGGGAGUGGGUUGUCUAUUCAGAGAAUGGCUAUUGCUGAAUCAAACGUACAGCACGUUUUACCAGCCAGUGAAACAUAGAGUUUAGCUGAACAAACGGGAAUGAAUUAAAAGCAGCUUUACUUUAGGACAAGGUAAUGAGAUGAGCAUUCUCCUACAGGUCAUUGAAAGUGGCUGUCAGUUCAUGACUUACAGUACAUAAUUCAUGUUUAUUUCAAAAGGUACACCAGUAAGUUUGCAAUAAAAUAGUAUCUAGACCUGACAGACCUGAGCAAUGUUUGGCACACUGUCGGAAUCAUCUAAAGAUGUGCCAUGCCUGCUGAUUGAAAUAGUUUUUUUAAAUGUUUUAGGUUGGGUUUUUUUUGCGUUUGCUCAAUCAACAGAUGUAAAUUGCCAAUUGAAGGAAAUGAUUCAUUAGAAAAAUCAAUAGUGGAUAGGGAUCAAAUCAAGUUGUUACUUGAAUUGCCCCAUUAUGUCAAAUUGUCAAUGUAAAUUAAAAUAGUGUACACAAGGGGGGCUAUGUAAGUAGCCAUGAGGUUUCAAUGUGUUUUAAUAUAACAGGGGUUAUCCAGUCAGGAAACCUAACUUGUGUUUGCUUGCACCCCCCAUAAAUUUAGUGAGGUAUACUUGAUUCUGAGUGAUACAGAACUCUACAUGGAUGCAAAUAGUGAGGUUUAGCAUACAGUGCAGAUGCCAAUUUACACAGUUUUGUGCACGUUCAUCCUAGUGCUUGAUUUGGGCACUUCAGGGCAGGAACUGGGCGGUGAUAAUGCAAUCGCAUGGAACUGUUCUGACUUGUGGGCGUGUCAUGGGACUGUUAUGUGAAUGUAGCUUAAGUUCCAUGCCAUUAGAAGUUGCACGCAACAGGAGGGAAAGCCUGUUUCUGAAAGAUCUCUUGCACAUCUCAUGCGGCUGGUGCAAAUGCGAUACUUAUUAUAAUGGUUGUGGCAGUAGGUGGUAUCACGGUUUCCCACUCACAAAUGCACAUCAGCUGUACAGAAGCUCUCAAUAACAUUAGGUAGUAAAUCUAGCUUUGACUGCUACGGACAAAUACAGCCAGCUUUCAACCGACUAAUCAGCCCUUAUGCGUCCAGCUAAAAUGAAUCCCCUCAUAGUAUACUCAUAACGAUGGCAGCUGUUUAGUGGCCAUAUUUAUGAGAAUAUAGGUUAUCAAUUCACUAAGCACUAGCAACAUCAACAUACUGUAUCUCCCAACUGUCCCGAUCUGUGAACCACAGAAGAAGGGUUAUUGGAAAGCAGGCAUGGCCAAAGGCCUGGGCAGAUCAAGACGGUGUUUGGGUUGGUCAGAAGCACACAGCACACAGCUCAGUGUUAAACGUUGAGCUGUAUUUAUAACUCAGACAACAGGUGCUGCCUCAAUGAUGUCACUGGAUCUUGGUGAAUUGAAAGCCAGCAUUCUCCUGAAUACAGGCUCAUAUACUGUCUGCAUGCAUUGCACUAUUGUCCUACUUCCAUCAUUGUAGCAGGACAUAGAAAUGCCUUUUCCCUUAUUGUGAUGUAUAAAUACUGACCACACUUUUUCUCUUUGUAUGGGGGACAGUGAGUAUUAUUUGACUAGCAUUGCUCAUAGGUAUAAUUCUGCACUAAAAAUCCAUAAAUGUCAGUCACUGUUUUUUUAUUAUGUAAAUUGCAUUAGGCAAACAUGGCUCAUCACUGAUUGCUCAAUAAAUCUUAAGGCCCUAGACAUAUAAAGAUCCGCCGCCGAGCUGCCCGACGGCGGAUACGGCCCACGGGCGACCCGGCAGCGGGGGGGCAGUGACGGGGGGAGUGAAGUUUCUUCACUCCCCCCGUCACCCGGCUGCAUUGAAGUGCAGGUAAAUAUGGACGAGAUCGUCCAUAUUGGCCUGCAUGUACAGCCGACGGGGCACCAGCGAUGAAUGAGUGCGGGGGGCCGCGCAUCGUUCAUCGCUGGUGCCUCCACACUCAAAGAUUUGAGGAAUAUCGGCCAGUGUGUAGGGCCUAUUAGUCUAGAUCUGCACCUUUGGACAGGUACAGUAAAUAGCUUUGUUCCUAUUAUAUCUGGAAAUAAAUCUCUCUCCUGCAUAUCUGGAAGCUGAAUGUUGCCUGUACUCUGCACACUGACCAUGUAUUCUCCCUGUGCUGAUUGAGGGGAUUAAUACAGACGACUAGUAAAUGAACAGAAUAGAAGUGCUUUAUUUCUCUGAAAGCAGUGUUCAGCAGUUGGAAGAUCCUGCAAGGCUUGGUUAGUCAGACUGUCAGCCAGGCGGUCAGAUGCACAGAUCAGAUAAUUGGUUCUGUAUCAAAAAAAGAUGCAAGAUAAAUAUACAGUUAGGCCGGGUAAUGUUAUACAGGGUUACAAAAUGCAGGUGUUAUCUAGCUAAAACAUGUAAUGUAUAAUCUGCAUUUCUCUCCCAUUAUGGCCUGCUGAUAUUGGGCCUAUUUCGGACUGGAUCGCUGCAGCGACGGCGAUCGCAGCCUGACGCCCUUUGCGGAGUGCACAUGCGCAGCGGGAGCUACUUGCGGGCAGGGAGCGACUCGACGGGUGCGAAAGCACCGUCGCUGUGCGAUGAUUUUGCACCCUUGCGGUGGGGAGGUAGGACCUGACAUGCGGGGCGGACUAACUCUGUGCUGGGUGUCCCCCCGCAUGUCAGAGAAACUGAUCGUAGAUGUGCUAAAUUUACGAUCAGAUCUGAAUCACCCCCCCUUUGUUUUCUUGCUGCAUGAACAUUAACAACUAAUGAUUAAAGCUUGGCGGUAAAGGGUUUGCCACUUUAACUUUUAUUUUUCCUAAACCCAGCAAAUCCUUUUAUAGUAUUAAUAUGAGAGACCCACUGCUGGACCUCACUGUUCCUUGUAUUAAGCAGAAUCGGGGCAUACACAUAUAGUACAACAAAUGAUGACAGAAUUCUAGUACUUUGGGUCCCUUAUGCAAUAGCCUGUGAUAUACAGAUAUGGGCGUGAUUCUGGCAAGCGCAAAUCUGGUGAGUUAGGCGGAAUUUCUUAAGUAGCAAUAAUUUAAAAAACAAAACUAGGUUGCUUUUGCCUUUUAAUUUAUAUUUGCUUUAGAAAUACAGAUGAAUUCACUGGAAUUGUGCCAAUGCCUGGAACUUGCGGCCUGUUCUAUAAGGUCUUAGAUAUGAGGCGUCAUGCCUCCUGCUGCAUUAAUGAUGUGAACUGCAUUCUAGGAUGCCAUAUCAGAUCAUCUCCGACACCAUCAGCGAGUUUCCUGACCCAUCGGCUGCCGCAGCUGUAACCUAGAGGCCAGGAAAUAUCCGUUCUCUGAUGGAGAUCCUGGCCUUAUUCCUCCCCUGCAACACUGGCGUCACGCCUCCGUUUGGAGAAACAGGCCAUCACCGCCCCUCUGCACCCUUAAAUGGCAUCAGACUGUCAGUCACUUACAGUCUGAUGCCGUCCUGCGUCGUUCGUUGCAGGACCUGUUCGCAUAUGCACAGAACAGGUCCUGCACAUGCACAAAGCACCUCCAAUCACAUCUGACUUGCCUCACUUAUUAGGGUGUUAACUUCGUUUCUGAAGGUUCAUGAUUGUAAAGCAACACUAAAUGUAAAAUUAUUAUAUGUCACACACACGUCCCAGUCAUAAAAUACUUCUGUAAUAUAUUUUAUAAAAGCAAGGUGAUCACCUCAAACUGUUCAUCAGUUCUGCAUUUCAUUGAUCGUGAAAUAUCUGCCCCUCAUUGAGCUGUUACAUCACAUGUGACAGGGGGCAACAGUGUGAUCAUUGUCCUGGCUGCAGCAUAUAACGAACAGCGGGGGUCAUUCCGAGUUGAUCGUAGCCCUGCAAAAUUCCCCCCACAAAACGGCGGCCAAACGCCACCGUUCUGCCCCCUCCCACCCAGCAACCGCCUCUGCCUGUCAAUCAGGCAGAGGCGAUCGUAGCGCAGCGACGGCCUUCUGCCGCCGGGCAUGUACCGGCGCACUGUGGCGCGGGCACAUGCGCAGUUCUGACUCGACCGCGCCGCUGCGAUAAACUGCAGCGUGCGAUCUGGUCAGAUUGACCCCCAGCAUACUAAGCUCUCAUCAGCUUAAAACCAGCAGAGGUUUUCAGGAAACCCUACAUGACAGAAGAAGGGGCAGACGUUAGUACUUUAUGACAUAUACAUAGGGGGGAAAAAUAAUAAUUUCAUAUUUUGUGGUCUUUAAGCGGAUUGCGUGUCUCUGCACAUUAGUACACCUGUGAUUUUGAUUGACUCAUUUAGUCAACACAAGUAGUAUCCUAUAUAUAGAUCAGAGCUCGGUGAACUUAUUGCUGCUGUAAGGUCAUAAACCUGUCUAGUAAUGCAGAUCAUAUAGACAGCUUGCCUGUGAUAGUUAGAGUAAAGUGUCAUAGUGACAGACACAUGAAGGGUUCAUAUACCAUAUCUGCUAACAAGAAAGAAUCUCUGCUUCUGUUUAGUCCGUGUCCUUCCCCCCUGAAUUGACAGGAGCAUGCUGAAAAACACUUUACUGCCAUUUGUCAAUUCAGCUUUGGUUUAUUUGUUUGGAAAAUAUAUAUAGCCUAGCAGAUCACAUCAUGUACUGUAUUACUAGUCUAGUUAUGUAGAGUAGUAGCUAAUUGAGAACCUGUGUAGUAAUACAGAGUUCAGUAGCGACGCCAUUUCCUAAUCAUGGGCCUCCUUAUCUGCUAGGCUUUUCUCUAGCACACUGGCAGCCUAGCACACAUGAAGAAGGGCACUGUGAGCUGCGCAUGUGUAACCACAAUACACAUGAACAAUGCAGAUUUCUCAUGCAACAACUUUGGUCUGUGUUACUUCAUCUUGACCUGAUAUAAUCAUAGAGAUCAGAAUUUAGAUAUACACGGACACUUUUUAAUGUUCUGACCAUACCGUGGCUUCUACAACCACUGUACUGACAGCUGGCUUGCUAUAGAAACGCUCAUUAAAUGAUUAGAUCAGGUCACAUGCCUGAAGUUACUGCAUGACAGCGGCACAUGCAUAGGGAGAGAGUUCCAGUUGAAUGCAUUUCAUGUCUGUAUUUUGAGUAUAUGAUUCAUUCAAUCUUAAAUAUAGUGCAGAGAUACAUGCAAAUAGCUGACUACAAGGAACAUACUUUGCACCUGUCUUGUGUGGGCUAGCCUGGUGUAACUUUGAAUCAUACUUCCCUGCUCUGAAAUUAUCAGGAGUCUCCCACGGACUCCCGGAAAUGCAGGUAACCCUCCCGUAUCCGCUCUCUUCCGAGCAAAAUGAGUGGGAUGGGGUGUGUACCCCCCCUCUGGGAAUUCUCCCUGAGGGGAACAUAUUAGAGGUGGUAAGUAUGCUCUGAAUACUGACGCAUUUCAAAGGGCAUAGAUGAAGUUUACGCCCUUAUUGGACUCCACUUGCACAUGAAUGCCCCUGACCUGGCUCUCAAAGCGUCUGAUACAGGAGACCAGAAGUAGUGCUGUCAGUUGCGUGUAUGUACAAAUAUUGCAUAAGAUACAAAAUACAUAAGUUGUGCAAAUAAACUUGCGUCCAGCGCUAAAUCAUAGUGUCAGCGAAUCCUAAGCCACAAUAGCAAACCAUACAUUGAGAAAGACCUAGAGAUUGGCAGAUUUAAUACAACACGUGAGUCUGCAGAUGUUGCUGAACUGCUUACGCUGGCUGGCAGUGCAUGUCUGGCCUUCAGCAACUGCCUAUAGGGAAACCAGGUCAACCAUAUAAAAAUACACAUGCUGUUGUUGUUCAGAUACAUGCUGCAUGCAUGCUUUUACUACUUUCAGGCAUGUAGCAUACAUUAUGUUUAAAUUGCAUCUUUUGGCCAUACCUCCCAAUUAUCAUGCCACUGGUGUGUGUGGCAAAGAAAGUUUUUUGGUCAGGAAUGCAGGUCAGCGGCUAGGUACGUUAUGGCUCGUGCACGUCUGCUUCAUGAUAUACACUUGACCCCUGUCUCUGUUCACGGAUGGACGGUAUGCUUCUCGCCUGCAGAAGCCGCCAUUUUGUUCUCUGAUCCAUAUUCAUGGGAAUACAAUUUAUCUAUUUAAUAAAACUCAGUAACAUUAUUGAAGCAUGGAGCGCAAGUCAUGUUACUAGUUUCUCCUGAAUGGAUUAGCUGUAUUGACAUGACUCUGUGUUCUGCACACAAAAUGGCUGCCUCCACUUUCCAGAAAAGAGACACCUUUAUUUCCAAUUCAUCUAUGCAGCAUAUUUAAUAUGUGCCUUAUUUUAAAUGAACGGAAUGUAUGGUAACCAGGUAAAAUUAGAAUCCUAAGAUCCACUGUUGUCUGAUUUUCCCUCACUUCUGUAUGAGUGGUAACCUGGCCUAACCAGACCCCUUGUUAGGUGCUAAGGACCAAAGGGACUGUUUACCAAUGCUUGGAAGCAAUGUUAGCUCACACCAAGACUGAUGAAAAAUUAAGCAUGUUUAUCUUGUCCUCCAGAUGGUAUAUAGCAGCUAACACAAUAGUACACACCAACAUAUAAUACAUGAUUUACAACCAAGUAAUAUUACCAGCCUGCUAGUGGGGUCAUCGCUUCUAAGAGGACAUAGAGGUCUCCUGGGGCUGGUAAAUUGAGUUGAGGGCCAUAGGUGUGGGCCUGCCAAUAGCUGAGGCAUUUGGAGUUAGGCUGGAAUGUUGGAGAGAAACCUCCCCAGACACACUCACCUGGCUGGCUCUGAUGUGCCUGGAUACUAUAGGGUAAUUGUUCAGAAACAAAGAACCAUAUUAAGACACAGGGCUGCUUACAUUCUUGCAAUGUUGUGUUUAACUCCUUGGUAGAUUUAGUCCCAAAGUACUGCUAAAAGCCUAUGGAGGGGAAUAUAUAAAACCUGCAAAGCAGAGGAGUGAACACAUUGAAAGAAACAGAGUAAAAAACAGUAAAAGGAAUCCAGUUAUAGGCUUUGGUGGUUCCAGCUGGUCUUGACCUAUGUUCAAAGAACCACCUCUCGUUGCAACGUAAUAGUGCAGGCACACAGCCAAUGGAAGUUGUGUUUAUUUGCCCAUUCUACUCAAUCUUGUCCAUGAUCCCCCAUGUGUUAUUACAAUCAUGUGAAUGAACAAAUGCACCUAACGUCAAGUGAUACUUAUGCUCACCAUUUCUGGAGCGCACAGUACCUGGUGUGAGAAAUGUUCCUAUGUACACUAGCCCUAGACACUGGAAAGCCAUAGGUUACCUAAACAUACUGUAGCUUAAUGCUUUAUCUUCACAGCCAUACAACAUAUUGAUCAUUUCCAGAGUGUUUCAUGUUUGUUUGUUUUUCUACUGAAAUAGAGUUACGAUAUAUAAGCAAAUGAGAUUUAUUUUUGUAAUGUGAAUGGUUUGCAGCUCACAAUAUUGCACUUGGAGUAACUUAGUUAUAUAUUGGAUAAUACUAUCUGUACUGUUAAUUACAUGUAUAUUAGCAUACCUCCCAACUGUCCCGAUUUUGGCGGGACAGUCCCGUUUUUCAUGGACUGUCACGCUGUCCCACCCGCGGGUCGCAGUGUCCCGCGGGUGGGGGGGCAGUUGGGAGAUCCCCCCUGUCACUCGCUGCUCUGAGGAGAGCAGCGGUGAAUAGACGCUGUGCGCAUGCGCACAGCGUCUAUUCAUGGCAAAGAGGGACAGGGGGCAUGGCCAGCAGCUCUCACAGCGCUGUUCAUGCUCCCAUAAUGACGAAAACGGGGGCGUGGCUUGCAAUCGCGGUACUUGCCGCGAGGCAGCGCCCCUUUUCAUUAGGCCAUGUCCCCUAAAAUCGGGCACGCGCCUUCGGCGCCCGAUGAGGUCCCUCCUCCGCAUAUAUCAAAGUUGGGAGGUAUGUAUUAGAAGUCACAGAGUUGUCUAAAAGCACAAAGCUGUAGGUUCUAAUAUCCGUAAAAAAGUACAGAAGGGGAUGAAUUGUCCUUUCUAAUAUACAUUUACUAAUGAAAACUGAUGUGAUGACAUCAUAACUCACAGAUUAUAAGUGAUGACAUCAGAACUCACUGUUUAUAUAGAUAUUAUUUACAGGAGUUUAUACAUAUAUUAAAAUCACUUGCGUAUUAUAUACAAUUUCUUAAAAAAAAUACAUCAAUUUAAGUGUUGCUAAUGUUCAGGUUUUGGAUGAUGACUUUUUCUGGUGUAUUCAUAUAUUACAUCAUUUAUUUUUGUUUGCACUUUUUUCCCUUAUGGUUGACUAUUAAAAUAUAUAAAAAUCA